GUUCAACGCUUAGAUGCUUACAUACAAAUAAGUUUUGUUUGAGCUAACCUAGAAGUAUCCAUUUUAAGAUUCUGGAGAUGGAGCAACGCCUCUCGCGUCGUCGCAAAUACAGGCCAAAGAGUGACAAGAGCGGGCUCGCCCAAUUCUUGCCCAAUCUGAAAUGCAAGUCCCUGGAGAGUGUGCGUCGCCAGGUCAAGAGUAAACUGCGUCAGGUCCUUCCGUCCGCUAGUUUCUAUAAGGACUCCAUGCGAUUCUACAAGCGCUGCACUAAACCAGACCGCCAGGAGUUCCUGCGCAUCAGCGCGGCCAUCGGCGUGGGAUUUCUCAUCAUGGGUGUCAUUGGAUUCGUGGUUAAACUGAUGCACAUUCCCAUUGUCAACAUUAUCAUGGACUAAGCUGAAGUGCUUUGGCAGAAAUAAAGUUUCAAUUCA